AUGAAUGCACAGUUGACUAUACCGGAUGAUGGAGCUAUCAUAGCAGAAUUGAAAGUUAGACCCAGCUUACUACAACAAAUUAAAGAAGCACAGAAAGAAGAUACAGGGAUAGCUUUAUGGACUAGACAAGUACAAGAGGAAAGGAAGCAGAAGCAUGUGAUAAGUGAUGAUGGCUACUUGUACUAUGGUAACAUAAUAUGUGUACCUAACAUUGGAGAGUUGAAACAGAGUAUUCUUACAGAGGCACACAAUAGUCCAUAUGUUAUACAUCCGGAUAGCACUAAGAUGUAUCAAGAUCUGAAGGCGCAUUAUUGGUGGCCGAGAUUGCCACUCACACUAAGGAAGAAAGAUGUCAUCUGGGUAAUAGUUGACAAGUUAACUAAAUGA